AUGGCGCACCAAGAAGACACGCCCAUGCCCAACGCGCCCCUCACCCCGGACGCUGACAACGACGCCGAAGGCUCCCCCGAAUCGCCUCACGCCGAGCCCACCUCCCCCGUCAUCGACUACUCCCCUGCGUCAAUCGCCUACUCGGAAGCUUUCGAAAAUGCCCUCAUGUCCGCCGUCCUGGAAAAUGAACCGGCCGCCCCGCGAACACCUCUGCCCUCCAUCCCGGUCAUAAAUCCCACAACGCUCCCUGUCCCCCUCGACAGUGCGCUACGAACAUACACCUCGCCUAUCCCAGGCGUCCUCCUCACCCACGCGAAUGGCUAUCAUACCGGCGGGCCCGGACCCAGUCCAACGAGCAUAGACGAGUUUGCGCGCAAGUUCAUUGCGGAAGAGGGAAUCGUAGAUCGGAAAGGGUUGGAGAGUGCGGUGCGGAGGGCGAUUGAGGUCAGGAUGGGUGUUGUGCGGGAGAGGAUGGAGAAGAGAGAGGAGGCUGUGAGGAGGAAUAGGGGGGUAGAGAGGGAGUUGGAGGAUCUGAGGGUGCAGAGGGCGGCGGAGGUCAGUGUGCAGGAGAAGUUGAAGUUGAAGAGAUGA